CAGGGAGACUCGCUCUAUCCAGUCGGUUACUUGGACAAGCAAGUGCCUGACACCAGCGUGCAAGAAACGGACCGGAUCCUGGUGGAGAAGGUACAGAGCACUGCUGGGACAUCGCCUUGGGUCCCCUCAAACAGAUUCCCAUGAACCUCUUCAUCAUGUACAUGGCAGGCAAUACUAUCUCCAUCUUCCCUACCAUGAUGGUGUGUAUGAUGGCUUGGCGACCCAUUCAGGCACUUAUGGCCAUUUCAGCCACUUUCAAGAUGCUAAAGAGUUCAAGCCAGAAGUUUCUUCAGGGUUUGGUGUAUCUCAUUGGGAAUCUCAUGGGUCUGGCAUUGGCUGUUUAUAAGUGCCAGUCGAUGGGACUACUGCCUACACAUGCAUCAGAUUGGUUAGCCUUCAUUGAGCCUCCUGAGAGGAUGGAGUUCAGUGGAGGAGGGCUUCUUUUGUAAGACAGAAGUACUGA